AUGCUGGAGAAACCGCGUGGAGACGAACUGCGAACAGAGAGAAUUCGAUUACUGCAUGUGAAAAUACUUUCAAUCAAAAGGAAGGCUCUGAGUUGAUCGCAGGCCUACCAAGGUCUGCACAGCCCCACCCCUAAACACAGGAGCAAGGUUAGCCAAACGCUACGUCACUUCCAAGGAGCUCCCGUUGGAAUCUUACCCUCGCGAACCUUUAGCUGGCGCCUCGCGCGAGAAUUGUUAACUCACGCCAGUCUCUUCGGCCGAAAGCGUUCGGUAAUUUCCGUCACCGCCAGGCUCAACCAGUCGAACGAUAAACGAAUCGAUGCUACAGGGGUCCUUGUGGGUUCUAUGUGGGGGGAAGAGCACGGGAUGUGGGCUCGGGGACAGUGUGGCGGUUGCGGCGAAGCACGCCGCCGAGUAUUUCUAGGUGGGGGCUCCGAGGGCCAGCUAGGGGUGCCGAGUUCGAUUGUUCUGGCCUGGCCAUGGCGCCUCUCCUCCCCCCCGCCAUGGCUCCCCGUGUCCCUGCUCCUCUCCUCUCAGUGAGCGAAAGUGGCCGCCGCCGCCGUCCCAGCGCCCGCAGCCGCCGCCUCCUCAGCAGCAAUAGCGCGGCCGCCAUCUUGGCGAGGCAGAAGCCGAGAGGCACCGCGGCAGGGCACAGGCAGCGCCAGCGCAGCGCGGGGCGAGAGGCCGGCGCCAGAGAGCGGGGCGGGCAGCUCGCAAGCCACCCCCGGCCCAAGCCGGGCCACGCACCAGGUAAGACGCCGGGGCUCCCGGGCCGAGGCAGGGGGCAGCGCCGGAGGGACCCGCUAGGCCAGGUUCCGGCUUCCCCCCCGAACCCAACCCCUCCUUCCCGCUCCCUCCGCAGCGGCCCCGGCAGCCGGGCCUUCUCUUAAAGCGACAGGCCCUGCCGCUCCUCUGGGGCGGAGGGAGGGAGAGCAGGCACACGCGCGCCCCCCACUGCGGAGGGGGCGGGACCCCGGCAGCCUCCCCUCGCCCGCAAAACGCUCCCGCGGAAGGAGGGAAGGCGCCCUUGGCGGGGCCUGUGCCGCCCCUCGGCAGCGUGCGGCGCCGGGGUGAGGGUGUGUCGGUCGCACCCAGCCCACGUGCGCGCCCCGCGCUUUGCAUGAAGGCGGCGGACGAGGAAACGGGAGCUCAGCGUAUGGGCUUGACAGCCCCGCCUUAAGCAGCGUCCCGGUUUAGCCUAUAGGAUUGCCAACCGCUCUGCUUCCUAUGCGGCCUGUUAACCAUUGGAACGGGCGGCUCGACUCUUUAUUCGGUUUUAUUUUGGUGUGGUUUGUGGGGGUUCAGGAUUAGUGCUUGCAGAUUCCAAGACCCCAGCAUACUUGAGUGUCAAGCGCAAAACAGAAAAUAAAAGUGCAUCUCGGUUUCGCAAUUUUAAUCUGUAAAUUUCUGUUCGCAUGGAUUAUGUAGAGCACGUGCUUAAAAGCUGUAAAUGACUUACUGGUCACAUGGUAAGUGUGAUUUGGUAGUUUGAUCUGGGAUGCAUAUAGUGCAUCCUGAUCACACUCCAAAACGUUUGGCUGCUGGGCUGUCCUCAGUAACUGGAAAUUAAAGACUGGCAGUCAUGGAGGGCUGUUGGUUAAGAUUGUGCUGUUCCAUGUUUAAACUGGAAGGUCUGGCUAGCUUGUAGCAUAACAUGAUGACUCUUACUUCCUUUGCCCCCUGGUUGCAAGCAAACCCUUACCUUUCACAAGUGUAUUUGUGACAGGUCAGUAUGCCUGUGUUCCAUACAUACUACAAAUAGGAGUGAGUGUUUCUGUUAUUUAAAAAACUUCAGUACACAUCUUAAUCUUGACUUCUAUGCAAUCUCCUGCAAAGUUUCUUGGGUAGAAGUAGUGUCUUGACAGAGGAGAGGUAAAUACCAGUACAGUCAAACCUUGGUUGUCGAAUGGCUCCGUUUUCGAACGUUUUGGCUCCCAAACGCCAAAAACCCAGGAGUAAAUGCUCUGGUUUUUUAAUGGCUUUUGGAAGCCAAACGCCCGACGUGGCUUCUGCUUGAGUGCAAGAAGCUCUUGCAACCAAUCAGAAGUCUCGCCUUGGUUGCUGAACAUUUCAGAAGCCCAACAGGCUUCUGGAACCGAUAAUGUUCGACAACCAAGGUUUGACUGUACUUAUUAGUGUACUAAGGGGUGUGAUGGUCUGCUUGCAAUUAGACCACCACAGUGUAUCAUUUCCAAAUUUUGGAUAUAAAUUGUUUGAUUCAGAGCAGCUAAAUUGGUUCCUCUACUGCAGGGGUAGCUAAUCUUCAGCUCUUUAAAUGAUGUUGAACUGCAAUUCCCAUCAUCCUCAGCCAUCAUGGUCAAUAGUCAAGGAUAAUGGGGCAUGUAGUUCAGCAGUAUCUGGAGGGCCAUUCAUAAAUUAGCCACCUCUGCUCUGCUUUAUCAAAACCAACAUGGGGCUGUUUUGACUGGAGCUUGAUUGUUUUUCUUCAUGCUUUUUAGUGCUUCAGGAUUAGAAAUGUUAUGUUGUUAACAUCUUAAUUAUAGAAGCCAAAAGCAGUCGCUCAACUAGAAUAUCUUGUACUGCUACUUGAAAAAUUACAAUGAGAAAGAACAUGUGGCAUAGGUUAAAUCUUAUCACUGCUAAACAUUUACGUAGUACUUCAGAUUUGCAAAGUAUACGUUUACCUUCAAAACAGUUCUGCAGUUGGUUGCUAGUAUUACCAUUUCACAGAUGAGUAAUGGAAAUGUAUGGCCAGAUCCUACCUAUCUUUUAACUGAAAGCAAGCCCCACAGCGGGUGGCGCUGUGGGUAAAACCUCAGUGCCUAGGACUUGCCGAUCGUCAGGUCGGCGGUUCGAAUCCCCGCGGCGGGAUGAGCUCCCAUCGUUCGGUCCCAGCUUCUGCCCACCUAGCAGUUCGAAAGCACCCUUAAGUGCAAGUAGAUAAAUAGGUACCGCUUUAUAGUGGGAAGGUAAACGGCGUUUCCGUGUGCUGCACUGGUGCAGGCUCGCCAGAGCAGCUUCGUCACGCUGGCCACGUGACCCGGAAGUGUCUUCGGACAGCGCUGGCCCCCGGCGUCUUAAGCGAGAUGGGCGCGCAACCCCAGAGUCGGUCACGACUGGCCCGUAUGGGCAGGGGUUCCUUUACCUUUAAGCCCCACCAAGUUUAAUAAAGUCAACACCAAAGUAAGUGUUCAUAGCAGUAUAACCUCAGUAUAGUUUAUACAUUCACAAAGUCUUUGAAAAAGGUGGAACUUCCUUCCCAAAUCCAAAUCAAUAUAUUUCCUAGCAAUUUCCCCCAACUCUGUUGUUUAGCAACCAUGAAUAUGUUGUUCUUUGACUUUAGAUAGCCACAGAUUCAAAUCAAAAUGAAACUUAACUUUAAUCAAUUUUAGUUUUUUGUUUACUGAAACGGAUGCAAAAUUUAAAGAAAAAGUAAAGUACAGAAGAAUAUUAAAUUAGGAUUGGUUUAUUUCCAUAAUCUGAUGGUAAAAAUGCUUUUGCUUUAGUGGAACCCCGCACAGUAAACCUAAGAGAAUUCUGUUCCAGUUAAGCACAGAAGCAACUGACCCAGCAAAGCAAAACCACAAAUGUCAUGUAUUGGCUGUGAAGCGACCUAUGCACUAGUUUUGUAUAAGGGUCAAUGGUCUGUGUGACAGAUGUGUAUAUCACUAGUUGUCAACCCUUGGCUGUGUUUUCUACCACACAACAGCAAAGUUUACUACAUACAAUGGUACAACAAACCCUUGUGGAUUUGUUACAAAGCAGCUCUUCUCUCAGAAUUAAAGUAGUUUUUCACCUAUAAAAAUGUGUUAAGCUGCUGAAAAGUCAUCCAUUAUUAGUUUGCUCAUUUCUUUCUGUGGUAGGUACGUUUUUACAUAUAUUAAGUAUGUUUUUGUCCGGACUCCUAUGUUAAUUUCAGUCUUCAUCGUUAUAUAGUAAUUCUUUAACUAUUCUUGAAAAAGGCUUUUCUACAUACUUACUAAGUUAAUAAUGCCUUUAUUGGGCUAGAGCCUGAACACUUUUUUCAAGAACAUGUCCAUUUGAGAUUACUGAUUUGCUAUCCUGAACCUGUGGCAUACAGGCGUUUUAGUGUUGCAGAUCUCUCCGAAAGUACUAGAUUCCAAAUAGCCUUUUUGGAGAAAUCUUGUACAAAUAUCUGAUUAGAAGCGUGUGCAGAUUUUAGAUGUGGCAUAGUCCACAACCCAGAACUGACGGUUAUAUGGGUUUGUGAGGGAUCACGUACUGUACUCUGUUGUUUUCUCUUCACCUGCCAUUAUGUGAGAAUGCAACAAAAGUCACAGUUUGACUAACAGCGUAAUCCAAUGGUACUGCUGUGUCAAUGCCACUGAUGUCAAUGUAGUAGUAGCUUAAUGCAGUUGGGAUCCCUUACACUCCUAGCAGCAAAGUCAACAGCAAAAUUAUGCCACUUUAAAGAAGAACAUAACAACACUGACGGACUCCCCCUCAGCAUCCCUGGCAACACUGCUUACACCCACAAAUCACAGCGUCAUGUGUUAAUGAUGCCUGCGCACUGCACAGUAGCCAGCAUUGGAAGAAACCAACCCACUUACUGUGGUGGCAGACACGCAUCUCUGCUGCCAUCCUGCCUCACACACCAAUCUGGCAGUCACAAAGACACACUAGUGCCCUUAGUAGUUCACACUACCAUCCUGCAGCCAGCAUAGUCCAGCAGUUGUCACCAGUACCUAUGCACUCCUGAAGUUUGUGUCCUCUUAUAUCACAAGCAUGGUCAGCCUAUAAAUAGUCACACUUUCAUCAGGCAAGGGCAUAGGGGAACACAGGAAAUGUUGCCUGGGCUUUUGGCCCUUUAUUUGAAGGGUGCCAUUCUGGCUUUAUUUAGUGGCCCAGGAUUUGAUAGAUCUCCCUUCCAAUUUUAUAGGUGUAUUUUGAGUUUUUUGGUUGUUCUUAUUUUUUAAAAUGUAAGUUGCCUUGGGUCACUCUAUGAAGUUUUAAAAAAGAAUAGUAAGUAUGAAUGCUGCAAGUUGCGACACCCAAGCAUAUCUUUAGCUCAUUUGGAAGACACUAUUGGAUGUAUUCACUCAACUUCUACACCUGCCCUGAAGUUUGACAAUCCAAGGAUGGUUACAUACAAAUGACUAUAAAAUCAUUGCGUACAAGAUAUAAACAAUCAGCUGCAAGUUAACGAAAACAUUAAUAUAUAGCAAGCAAUCACAACAUAACCUCUGAAUCUUAGCUCACCCAAACCCAAAUCUUUGGGUUUCCCAGGAGAAGAAUUCAAGGCCCAGUAGGCUAUGAUAAAGGGAAUGAUACCAAGAGGGAUCAGCUAGCCAGUGGACGAAAAAGCAAGCACGGUAGCCACAACAAACUCCCAGGGUGCAACCUUAUGAGCUCCCUGGUAGGCCAGUAGGAAAGAUAAUAAAAAUGGGAAAUAAGGGAUAGCAGUUCAACUCCUAGCCUAGGGAUUUAGUAAACCCACCACAAGGGAAAACACACAUUUUGGCUACCUAGCUAAGUAGCCAAUAGUCUUGGAAGCAAAAAAAGGUAGAGAUAACAUGCCACACUUCACACUCGGUAGAGCAGCUCCCUAAAUCAAACAUCAAUUGGAGAAAAACCUAGGAUGGAACCUUUGUCAUCCGACAGCCCUGGCAGAUAUAAACUAGGACUAGGGAGGAUUUAUUUAAAGCUUUUGCUCUGAAGGCCAACUUGUUUUGCAUACAUGAGGUCCCAGGUUUGAACCCGUACACAGACUCCACGUGAAGGAGGCUGAGAGGAGCCUGUCAACACAGGCACACCUGAGAUUGUCAGGGAUUCACACUGUCUGUGUUGGGUGCCUUUGGUAGCCAAGCCAGAAAUUGUGGCUUCUGUGUUCCUACCUCUUCUGGCUCGGCUGUUGUGUGGCCAAGGAAGCCCCCAUUCCUACAAAAAAGAGUGAUGGGAAGCCUGCCAAUCUAUGCAAUGCACAGCUGAGGUGUUCCAGAGCAGAAAAGGCAAGUCCUACAUGGGUAAGAGGUUACAGGUAUAUUGACCACACAGCUGUUAACUAGCACCACUUUUCCUUCUGUUUUGGGAUCUCGCCAUUAAAGCCGUUGAAAUUAUCAACAAAUGUGGGGGCGCUUUCUUUGCUUGCCCUUAUAGGAACAGCUGAGACAAAGCUUGCAUUGAACAAUAUCAGUGCUAAAGUGAGUUUUAAAAGCAAGAUGAGUAGAGUUGCCAACCACCUAUUCUAGCAGGGCUUCUGACAGCGGAAUAGCACCUGCACCCAUCACUGUAUCCCCAUGCUAAGUUUGGUUGCACAUAAUUUGUCUGUCAGACAAAAUUGAACUUAUAGCAGCCCUGCAAGAUGAAAAUGUGGCAACCCCACAUAAGAACAGCUGGAUGUGCAAAUGUUUGCUGCUGGUUGUUCUGCAAGAUUUGCUUAUGGUCUGUUCUGUAUAGGAGUGGGCAGAAUACAGAACGAUAAUCCGCAGUUGCAUAAUAGUACCUUUGCCUAAGUGCUCAUUAUAGGUAGAUAAGCUAGCUAUUGAGAGAGACAACCAUCAUUUAGUUGCUCUCUUUCCUACUGGGGUGCCCCUGAUUAGUUUUAUUUUUAUUAUUUUUUAUAUAAAAGGGUUAUAAGAGCCUUCCACAACCCAGAUGUUGCUGGACUGCAACUCUCACUAUCCCUGGCCUGAGCAUUGCCCAUAGUGUCUGGAUCUGAUGGAGUUUUUAGUAUAGUUUAAUAUUGCAUAGUGUUCCUGCAGAAGGGUUGAUAUUUGAAAUGUGCUGGGCUCAAAACACUAUCUGUUUAAAAGAAUUUAUUACACUACUCUAUAUUCAGAGUAUAUAUUUGGAGUCUACAAAAAUAGAAUUAAAUACUUAAUACAAAAGCAGUUUUAAAAUAUAAAAAUCAACAUGAAUUUUAAAAUGGCAGAAAUGAAAUAGACCAAUUUGGGAAGGCUUGGAAGAAAAGUAAAGUUUCCCACGGAUGUUGAGAACAUAAUGGUGUUGAUUGAGGAUUGCUUCCCUUCUAAAAAUACUAGACACAAUACUAAAAGCAUGUGCUGGAGACACAGCAUGGUUUACCACAGGGCACCAUCAACAGGUCUUCAUCCACAGAUCUAUGUGACUGUGGUGGAAUGGAGAGGAAGAAACAUCUUCCCAGCUACUGUUUAUCAGGCUCUCUGCUUUCUUCCUGCGUUUGGUUCCCCUGAUAUCUCCAUUAGAAGAGUCAGCUAUUAGGGAAAGAUAAUGUCAGUCAUACAGUAUUCACCCUUUGCAAGGAGUUGUGGUGGAACUUGUUAUUGUGCAGGUCAUGUGCCAGAGCACAGAUUCUGGAACGGAAAAAAAAGGAAUCAUGAAUGUUUAGUUAGCAGUAGUUAGAGCAGAGCGCCUCUAGUUCACCAGCAAAGUGAACUUUUGCAUUUCAUUGUCUGGUAAGCGCCUGCUUACUUGCAUUUGGGAAUUCCUAGCUAAUAGAGCUCCUCCUUUCUGCACAGCAAAUCCUUACCCCACAGCUCCUAAGUAUAAUACAGUGGUACCUUGGUUCUCAAACUUAAUCUGUUCCGGGAGUCCGUUUGACUCCCGAAACUAUUCGAAAAACAAGGCACGGCUUCCGAUUGGCUGCAGGAGCUUCCUGCCCUCAAGUGGGAAACGUGUCAGACGUUUGGCUUCUGAAAAUCAUUCACACACCAGAACACUUACUUCCGGGUUUGCAGCAUUUGGGAGCAGAUUUGUUUGACAACUAAACCUUUUGGGAACCAAGGUCAUUAUUUCCAGUCAUUAUUAUAGGGUUUUGAGCUGGUGGUCACGGACCAGAACCAGGCACUCUUGGAGGAAACUGAUUUUCUAGAUCCAUUGCAGUCAGGGUUUAGGCCCAGUUUUGGCACAGAAACUGUUUUGGUCACCUUGUAUGACGACCUCUGUCAAAAGAAAGACGGGGAAAAUACUUUCCUGUUAAUUCUCGACCUCUCAGUGGCUUUUGAUACAACCAACCAUGGUAUACUUGUGGAGUGACUGUCGUGGGGUGGGGGUGGCACCACUUUGCAGUGGUUCCGGUCCUACUUUGGUGGUCGUUUCCAGAGGGUGAUAUUUGGAGUGUGCUCUGCGGCCCCAUGGAGCCUUCAAUGUGGGGUUCCACAGGGUUGAUUUUCUCCCUCUAUGAUGUUUAAUGUCUACAUGAAACUGCUGAGUGGGUUCACCCAGAGUUUUGGAGUACAGUGGUACCUCAGGUUAAGUACUUAAUUCGUUCCGGAGGUCCAUACUUAACCUGAAACUGUUCUUAACCUGAAGCAGCACUUUAGCUAAUGGGGCCUCCUGCUGCUACUGCACUGCCGCUGCACAAUUUCUGUUCUCAUCCUGAAGCAAAGUUCUUAACCCGAGGUAAUAUUCCUGGGUUAGCGGAGUCUGUAACCUGAAGUGUAUGUAACUUGAAGCGUAUGUAACCCGAGGUACCACUGUACACUGUCAGCAAUAUGCUGAUGAAACACAGCUCUAUUUCUCCUUUACAUCUGCAUGUGUGGCAUUGGAUGUGCUGGAUUGCUGGCCUGCCUCAAGAAUGGAUGGGAUGAGAGCCAAAAAACUGAAGCUCAAUCCUGAUAUGACUUAGGCACUGUUAGUGGGUGAUUGCUUAGACCGGAUGGGUGAGAGGUUGCCUGCUCCUGAUGGGGUUGCACUCCCUCUGAAGGAGCGGGUAAGUAGCUUGGGGGUACUCCUGGAGUCUUUGCUGUUGCUUGAGGCUCAGGUGGCUUCAAUGGCACGGAGUGCCUUCAUCAGCUUUGGCUAGUGGCCCAGCUGCUCCCCUAUCUGGACAGAGAUAGCUUAACUUCUGUUGUCUAUGCUCUGGUAACAUUUAGGUAAAAUAAAAACUGUUCAGUUUUAUUUGGCUAAUGCAGAUGCAUAUUGUUUUGAUGUAAACUGCUUAGAGACUUUUAUUAUAUUAAACAGCAGAAAAAGUUAAUUAAUAAAUAAUAAAAUAAUAUUGAAACUUGUGUUUACUUUUGCGAUUAUAUAUUCUGUGAGACGUGAAGUCAGCAGUAUGCAAUUUCUGAACUUCAGUGUUAAUGUCAUAAAUAAGUUGUGACAUCUGUAUUGUGUUAUCUGCUGGCAAAUGCAAGAAGAACUAGCAUAAGUCCUGUUAAAUUAAUAAGUAUCACGAGAACUGUUGAGAUAUGUGAGCUUGUAUGCUGCAUUAUGCAACUGUUGCAGUGGCUUACCAUGGUCUUGGAACACUAGAUGUUGGAACACUAGAUGUAUAGCAAGCCAAUUCACAUUUUCCUACAUUAUUCCUGUAUCACUUGUGCUAUUAUGUAUCCCUGUCAAUGAACUACUUAUAUUAGAUUCUAGAAUAAAGAGCUCUCAUAUCACGUCAGAUAGAUGAUUUUUUAAAAGUCAGUGGAACAGUUCCCUCGUUGACUUGUUUGCGAUGGACCCCUCUGUGGGAUUCUCCGGCAUUGUUCUAGAGUGCAUGUUUAGUUCACACAAUGUGUCGGCUUGGUCUCACAGUUACCUCAUAUGAACUGAGUUUAUAAACUAGGAUACACCUAUCUCUUUCCUGCAGCUGUACAUUGCAGGGGAAGAUCAACAGGGUUGGGCAAACCUCCUUUUGUUACUUCUCCUUGACAAACCCUUCCAAGAAGCCCCUGGGUUCCCAAGGAUGCUAUUAGAAAACCACUGAUAUUCCUCAGUUUCAGGCCAGGUCUUUCUCAUCUCUUUGCUAGGGGGCUAGAUGCAAGGCCAAAUAAAAAACAAUUUAUUUAUUUUUUUGCAACCUGAAUUAUAAUCCCUGCUGAUAAAAUUUGAUAAGACUUAAGUGAAAGCAUUUGAACAUUUUUUAAAAAAUAAUAUUUAUUAAUUUUCAACCAUUUAAACACAACAAAACAGAAAGACAAAAAAGAAAGAAAAAAAGAAAAAAAAGAAAAACAUGAAACUAACAAAGCAAGACACAAACCAUAACAAUUUCAAUCUUUCAUUCCCUUAUUUCCACGACCUCCUCACACCUCCCUUUUUGUUUUCCACUUCUAUUAAUUAUUUCAGCAAUUCCUUUCCAUCUUCCUCUGUUUUCUAUCCUAUAAUUAUCUUAACAUAUUCUAACCUUAUUUUCCCUUUAAUACACUAUUAAUCUAUUUAUACUUGAUUCCUUAUAGCAUUUCUACUAAGCCAUAUAACUUCAUUCCAACAUUUUUCUGACAUUCAUUGUUUUUACAAUAUUUCUAUAAAUAGUCUUAAACUUUUUCCAGUCUUCUUCCACCAGCUCUUCUCCCUGGUCUCGGAUUUCUGCCAGUCGUUUCCGCCAAUUCUAUAUAGUCCAUCAACUUCAUCUGCCAUUCUUCCUGACUGGAUAAAUCUUGUGUCUUCCAGUACUUCACAAUGAGUAUUCUUGCUGCUAUUGUGGCAUACAUGAAACAAAUUCUAUCCUUCUUUAACACCAAUUGGCCGACCAUGCCCAGGAGAAAGGCCUCUGGUUUCUUCAAAAGGGUAUAUUUAAAUACCUUUUUCAUUUCAUUAUGAAUCAUCUCCCAGAGUGUCUUAAUCCUUGGGCAUGUCCACCAAAGGUGAACUCUAAUCCUCAAAUUCGUCUGUUUUUCUUUAAGUUCAGUCAUAGCGAGCGUCAACUUAUGUUCCUCGAGUUGCCUCUGUAGGGCUGGGGCUCUCUUUCUCUUUCUCUCCAGUUGUGUUACUCCACAUUCAGCAACAACGGCUUUUUCCCUGGCUUCCUCCGCAGUUUGCCGUAUCAAAGUAGGUUCCUGUAUCGAUUUCUGGGUGGUUUCUGUAUUGGUAUUAUUUAUACUUUCUGUAUUUAAGUUAAUUUUAGUAAUUGAAACAUCCACUUUCGCAUUUAUCGUGUCCAUUUUCCUGUGAAGCUGAUCCAAUGAGUCAUUUAUCUUAUAUAAUGCAGCCACUAAAGCCUCUUCUGUCGACAUUCCUCUUAGUUUUAAAUAUACUAGCACAAAGACAGCAACAGAAAGAACAGGAGGGCCUAAUGAUAGACCUCUCCUGGAUUGUUACCAAGUCCUCUCAGACCUUAAUGUUUUGUCAGCAGUUGACUAAUCUGUUUUUCCUCUUCCAUUUACCAUAACAUUUAAAAGAUUCAAGGUCAGUCCCAGAGUCUCACGGUUUUUAACUUGCAGCUGGAAAUUCCCCUAGUCCAACUCUUGUAAAGCAACUGGUUUCAAAGGCUUCCACUAGGGGGAAACAGUUUCUAUUUGUAAUAGUCAAUAGUAUCCUCUUUUAAACAAUCCAAAAUUAGUUUCAAAUUAGUUUCAAUUUUCAGUUACUUUUACUCCUUUUUAAAGCAGCUGGAGACAGUAGAAACAAUGUAUUUCUCUUAUUUAACUAGCUGUCAAUGAACGUUCUAAGCGCUGUCAAUGAACAUUCCAAAAGACGUCAGUCCUACUAGCAGCCCGUUUCCAGGGUCAGAGCGGCGGUGUUUUAAGUCUCUUCGCUCUCUCCCGCAGGCAUACUCAAUCCGCAACUCCCCCUCUCUUCUCCUGCCUCCAAGAGGGGGUUUAAUGUUCUUUACCGUUGGAACUUUGAUCUUUUACAAAAGACCUUCCAGGACUCCAGCUUACAACUUCAUUGCCUCAGUCUAUUUACAAAAGGGGGAGGCGGACUUCCUGUUUUGAACCUCCCCGUUACGGUACCAAAUUAAACAUUUAGAAAUCCAAUUCUUCCGCUCUACUCACGGGUAAUUACUUUAAAGUCAAAUUGUCCACAGGAAAAGGUCAGCGCUCUCCGGCAACAGCUAUGCGGCUUGGCUCCGUGGAAGAAGCAGACGAUUUGAUGCACCGCGCCACUCACCCCACGUCGCUCCGGAGCCCCAAAAACCGGGGUUCCCCGCGAGUGGGGGAGGCGCAAAAGGUGCCCGCCGAAUCCCACGCUCACAGGCUUCAGCAUUUGAACAUUUUUUUUAAUCACAUGAUGUUUAAUUUUGUUCUGUUACCCAGUUGGACAGUCAUGGGAACAAACUUUGAAAAUGUAACUCCACAAUGAAAUAUACCACAAUGACUAUUGGUAUAGAAUUUAAAUAGGACAUGAGCAACCUGAUCUUCCAAGCACAUGCAUUGACAGGCAUUACAGGUCAACCCAAUAUAAGCCACAAUAAAAAAAUCCCCAUGAAAAGAAACAGGAUCCUGUGAGUUUAUUACUUUUUAUGUAUAUUGUAAACCACCCUGUCAUCCUAGGAUGAAGGGCAGUAUAGAAAUUGAAUUCACAACAACAACAACAUUUUUUAAAAAAACAAGGACUUCAAAUAGAUGUGAUUAUGCUAAAUAGUUACAUUCUGUUUUGGAACAGCUGUGCGUUAG